AUGGAUGAAAAUCAAACAAAAAAUAAAAUAAAAGUGUUAAACGUUUUCCAGAAUGAAGGCAUAACAGAAAAAUUGCAAUAUUCCAAUAAAUUUGAAUUCGAAAAAGGAAUAAUACGCAAUGCAAUAGUUUCAACGAACAUAAAUAAAUACACGAAACUGGAGGAUAAGGAUAAAGAGAGAAAAAAUUGUAUUUUAUUUCGAGAACAGUGUGAAUAUUGUUUAACUAAUUUUUCCAUAAGUGGUCACCUAAUUUUAACAAAAGAAUCUUUAUUAUUUGAGCCUGAUUUGAGAGAUAAAAAUGUAAUUAAGGAUGGAUUUGGAACAUAUCAAAUAUUUAUUGAUUUAUAUGAUAUUUAUGAAUGUGCUCAUAUUGUUGUGCCAACAAAAGAUACUUACUUAUGUAAUAAUGAAGACACAUGUGGUUUUAUUCAAGUUUUAUUAAAAAGUAUUUAUAGUAGAAUGUGCAAUGAUUCUUUAAGUAAACGAAAUAGUACUAACAAGUUAUAUAACAUUAAUAGUAAUGAAGGAAAUAAUAAUAUGGAUGAAAUAAAUAAACAAAAAAGUAUAUCAUACUAUAAAUAUAUAAGCAAAAGUUUAUCUUACGUAUUUAAUUUAGCCAAUCCGUUAGUUCAAAAUAUAUCAUUGAAAGAUUAUAAAAAUAAUCAAAUUGAAGAAACGAAUUUUUCUACAGAUAUAUCAAAGCAAAGUGAAAAUAAUGACAACGAAAAGAUGGAGCAUGAAAAGGGUGAAAGGGGUGAAAGGGAUGAAAGGGAUGAAAAGAAUGAACUAAUGAAAAGGAAAAAAAAUAAUUUCCAUAAUUUUGAUAUCACAUCACCGAAGAAUAAUAUUGUUGACCAUUUACAAGAUAGCGAUUUAAAAAUUUAUCAAAAAAUUAAUGAAACUGAUUAUAGUAAGGUCAUUUCUUCUCAUCCAAGUAUAACAUAUAAAAAUAAUUUAAAUUUAGCUAAUUCUAAUUACUCCUUUAGGGAUGAAGAUAAUUCAAUCGUAUUUGGAAAAACAAAAAGAAGAUUAUCGAAUAUAACCAAAGAGAUUAAAUCAAAAGGAGAGACGAUUACUGCAAUGGAAGAAGAUAUAAAUAAAGAUGAUGAAGAAAAUACAUCUAGCGCAAGUGGAAUAUAUUUAAAAAACGACCCAUAUAAGCAGCCAAUCACAGUUAAUAUUAACGAAUCUAUUAUAAACGAAGCUAGUGGUAACGACGUUAGCUUUAAUAAAAAUUUUAGUAAAAAACCAUAUCCUGAGGAAAACGAUAUGAAGAGAGCAUCCGGAAAAAAUGGCCACUCUAUUGAAAAUAAUAAAAAUGAUGAAAGUGAUAUAUAUAAUAGAAGUGGUAAAAAAAAUACAGACACGAUGAAGAGAGAAGAAAGUAGCAAUAUUCUGAACGCAUCACAACCCUCGUAUUCCAAUAGAUUAAAAAAUAUUUCCUUUGAGCUUCAUAAUAAGAGCAUAAACAAUGCAUUGCAUAAUUAUACUAAUAUAAAUGAUCAUUUUAGCAAUAAAUUGGAUGACCAUUUAGAGAAUGGUGAGUUAAUGAAACGAGUACAUAAGAAAUAUGAAGAGAAAAGUUUUAUACUAUUUAGAUUUUUUAAUAAUAAUAAGGCAUAUGAAACAACUACAAAAAUAAUAAAAGAGAUAGAUGAAGUAAGAAAGUCAGAGAAUAAAAUAAAAAAGACAAUCACAUCAGUACCAUUCACAUCGAACGAAUUGUUAAGAAGUAUUAUUGAACAAUCGUUAAUUGCUAAGGAAUCCAAAAAAAAAUUGCAAAGAACGAAUUCAAUGAAUGAUAUGAAAGAUUUAAAAUAUUUAGACUUAACACCAAAAUUGGAGUAUAUUAGCGGUUCUGUAAAGUUAUUAAGUAAAGAAAUGACCAAACAAAUCAAUUAUUAUUUACCACCUACCUUGAGCAUUAAAAUAUGGAAAUUGGCUUUUUGCUCAAGCAUACAUGGAGUAUCCUUAAAAACAUUAUAUAGAAGUGUUCUGAAUAAAGGAUGUGUAAUAUUGCUAAUAUGUGAUAUGGAUAAUGUUUUGUUUGGAUGUUUUUUAGACAAAUUACAUUGUGAUAAUUGUUAUUACGGGUCAGGAGAAAAUUUUUUAUUUACUUUCAAAAAUUCAUGUAAUAAAUUAAAAGAUGGAAAAAUAAAAAAAGUAAAAGAAGUUGAUUGUAGUAGUACAUAUAAUAGAAGCUCAGAUAAUUUAUAUACAUCGGACGAAAAUAUGGAGUGUACAAAAAGGGAAAAUACGUCCAUAGAAACUAAUGAUAUUAAAGUGUUCAAUAAUAAUUCGUAUUGUACAAAUACACAUGAAAAACUGUCAUGCGAUUUUGAAGAUAAUACACAGGAAUUAACAAAAGGUUAUUGUAAUGAAGCAAGUGAUGAACCUAGAGCUACUGUAUAUAUAAAUACAUCCAAAACGUAUAUACACGAUUAUAAUUAUGAUGGUGUAAGUUCAUCUAAAGAAAUUAGCAGUUUUAAAGCAAAAACCAUAAAUGAGGAGAAAUUUAACUCAUUCAUGCAUCAAAAAAAUGAUGAAUUUUGCGAUAUUUCCACUCCGGAUGUGGAUAAAUUGGAGCUAAACGAGCAGAACGACAGUAGCAGUAGUAACAAAAACUGUAAAAAUGACUAUUCUAUAAAUAAUAAUUGUGGAGAUAAUAAUAAAUGCGGUGGUAAUAGUAACUGCGGUGGUAAUAGUAACUGCGGUGGUAAUAGUAACUGCGGUGGUAAUAGUAACUGCGGUGGUAAUAGUAACUGCGGUGGUAAUAGUAACUGUGGUGGUAAUAGUAACUGCGGUGGUAAUAGUAACUGUGGAAGUAAUAAAAAAAGUGGUGAGGGCAUUUCAAUUCAAGUGUAUUCAUGGACAAGUAGAAAUAGUUAUUUUGUGUACUCAGAUGAGAGAUCAAUAACAAUUGGGGGUGGAGAUAACUAUGCUUUAGUUAUUAAUGAUGACUUAUGCAAAGGUCAGACCAACAAAAGUAAUACAUAUGAUAACGAUUUAUUAACGCAUGACGAUGAAUUUGAAAUUCAAUUUUUACAGCUAUGGAUAUUUGAUGACACUUAG